AUGCUUAUUGAUAGGCUAACGGAACUAGUUGAGCGACAAUCUCAACAAAUUCAGCAAUUAAUACAACAAGGAGAAAGGGGAGAACAUCAAAGGGCUAAAUUCAUACAACCACAACAAAGGGCUAAACAUUUUGAGGCAGUUGGGGAAAGAUUUAGAAAACUAAACCCUCCAAUAUUUGAGGAUGCAUUAGACCCAACAGCUGCAGAGGAUUGGUUGAGAACUUUGGAGAAUAUGUUCAGUGCUAGACACUGGUGGGAUACGAUGAGUAGUAUUGAAGAUGUAAAUACCAUGACUUGGGAUAGAUUUAAAGAGUUAUUUCGUAAUAAAUAUUUUACAGCCCCAGUUCAAGUCAUGAAGAUGAAUGAAUUUAUACAGCUAAGACAAGGAGGGAUGACAGUGGGGGAGUAUAUUCAUAAAUUUGAACAACUAUCUAGGUUUACAACCCACAUGAUUAAUACUGAUGCAUUAAAAGUAGAAAGGUUUCUUGAGGGGUUAAGACCAGAACUAUAUACAGAUGGCAAAUGUCCGAGGAUAGAUCAAGGAAAAGCCUUAAUAGCACAACCAUCUUGCCCUAGAUGUGGUGGACAGCAUACUGCAGCAUGUCCUAUAGAGACUAGGACAUGUUAUAUUUAUGGAAAGGUGGGACAUCUUGCUAGAGCAUGCCCAGGUAAUCCAAAUCCUAUAGAGCAGAAGAAGGUACCAGCUAGAGUGUUUACCAUUACUAGAUCCGAUGCUGAGGCAAAUCCAGUAGUUGUAACAGGUAAAUUUUCUAUCUUUUGCAUUCCAGCACUUGUACUACUUGAUUCUGGAGCUACACAUUCAUUUGUUUCUACCGAGUAUUUGAGAAGGCUGGGUAGGACACCUGAUAUACAUGAGGUUAGUUAUAGUGUAACUAUUCCAUCUGGAGAUGUACAACAAACCAAUCUAAUUGUAAGAGCAUGUACGAUCCUUACAGAAAAUCGAGAGCUCUAUGCAAAUUUAAUUGUGUUAGAUAUGAAAGAUUAUGAUAUAAUUUUGGGUAUGGAUUGGCUGUCAAGAUAUCAAGCUACUAUAGACUGUAAGAGAAAGUCAGUAACCUUUCAACUUUUGGGGAAUAGACCAUUUACAUGCAUUGGGAUCGAAAAAGGUUUUAGAGUUCCAAUCAUAUCGGUAUUGAAAGCACAAAGGUUACUAGAUAGGGGGUGUGUAGGGUAUUUGGUGAGUAUUAUGGCUAUGGAAGCACAACACAAUCCGAAUCUUAAGAAUUUCCAGAGGUAUUUCCUGAUGAUUUACCUGGGGUACGACUAG